AUGAGUUUUAAGAAAGGAGCCCAUUUCACACCCGCAAGGGCAGGGGCGAGCAUACCGAUAAGAUUAUCACGAAGGAGUAUCCGAGCGUUAUUAUAUUGUGUAGGAUUCCUGGGAGUAUUUACAUUUAUCACAAAAGUCGGGGGCCCGGGUUCACUAUCUCUGUACAAACCGCUUAAGCACCCAUUGGGAGGCGAAGAGAGUAUAAUUGAUACAAACAAAGUCUACCCACUCACCAAGACUUCCAGCCAUAUAACCCCCUUCCCAUCCAGCUUCAACCCUCUCUCAGAGUCCACCCCACUCACCCCCGGGCCCUGGACCGCCCACUUCCCCAGCAUCGUAGCCAUCAACCAGCCCUUCCGUCUGCGCAUCGAAUGCAACCAUGGAGACACCGAGUACUGCCCCCCGAACUACAACAUCCAACUCUACGGCCCGACCGCCGCCUCCGUCCCCGUCACCGCCCUCACAAAAAUCAACCCGCGCACCGUCGAAGCCGCGAUGGUGCUCCACGAAGAGGGAGAAUACCAGGUCUACGCAUGGCCAAACUACCCCAACUGCACCGAACUGCAGGGCGACCCCGACGCCGCUAAGCUCUACAAGCAGUCUGUUGGCGGAACACCACACCUGCUCAUUGCCCAGAGAGGCCCCUUCCCAAUCGGUAGAGACAAGCACGACGUCCACCGCGCUUGUAAGAGCUACGAAGAGGUGCUGGAUGGACGGUGGAUCAACCACGACCUUGUCGAGGCCAGAAUGCGGUCCACAUACUCGUACGGCGAAUUCCGCCCCUCCUCGCAGGUCUCGAUAGCGGGGAACUCCCUGCCCGACCACUCGCGGUACGUGUACUCACCCUACGAGUGCAAGAUCCCGCACAGGAGCUUUGCGGAUGUCCUGGACGAGGUGCCGGCGCUGCGCCAUGUGGUGUUCAUCGGCGGCUCAGUGGCUCGUGGGUAUGUGUGCGCGCGGGCGUUCCCAGAGUUAUUUGGGAGCGACGAGAGUACGGGUGUGUGUGAGCAGCACCCGGAAAUGUCGCUGCUCGAGCACGGCAAUCGGGCUGCCACGCGGACAUACUCCAUCUCCCAGGGACGCAAGGUUGACGUCACGUUUGCGUUUGUGGGGGGGAAGUUCCGUGAUGCCGUGAAGCGCCUCGACAAGCUGGAGACACCACAGGUUGUGGUGUUCGACGUGGGCAACUUUGCCAGUAGCAUGUCCGACGACGAGUUUCUCGCGUACCACAAGACGGCUUUCGACUACUUUGACAGCCGCUGGAAGGGCGCUCAUGUGCUCGUGCGGUCGACCGCUAGCGUGGUGCAGCCGCUGCAGUGCUUCGAGGAGGAGGGCCACACGCGGGCUAACUCAUGGAGGAAGCGUAAUAUGACACUCGCUGCUGUCAAGGAGUGGGCUGCGCGGAUGAAGGCUGAGAGGGCGGCUAAGAUGGAUGAUAUGGAGCUUGAGGAGACGGCCAGCACCCGCGUGUCGUUUAUCGAUGCGUACAGCAUCACGGACCUGAGGCCCGAGACGAGCAUGGAUGGGUAUCACUGGAUGUAUCCGUCGCCGAGGAUGGAGAAGGGUUUUUUGGCGGAGAGGCCGACGGUGGGCGAGGCGGAUGAUAUGUUGCUCGAUUGGAUGUGGGAUGAAAUUGUAAUGAGGAGGUCGGUGACGUCGCUCUGA